AUGAGUGUUGGCAGAUCUGGCUUUAAAAAGAAAGAGAUGCGCAUACAAUUUGAUCCAAAUAGAGUUGCUCAGAUAAUUAAGGAAAAUGACGUUGAUAGUUUGAUUCAAUAUCACGAAACACAUGCAAUUAGAUUUCACGGACUUUCUAUACCUGAUUCUCCAAUUAAAAACGGACCAUUUGAUACCAAAAACUUAUCAGAAGCUCAUUUAGCUGCAUAUUAUAAUGCAUUUGAGUGUCUCAAAUAUUUAAUUGAAAAUUAUAAAUUACAAUAUGUGAAUACAUCAAGUGGAUUCGAACCAAUACAUUAUGCCACUCUCGGAAAUUCAUUAGAAUGCGUUCAUUAUCUCUGCAAAAUUGCGCAUUAUAAGAUUCCUGAGAUUAAACCAAAACUCUUAAAGAAUUCACCUCUCUAUUUAUCUACAUCUCUUCCAGAUACAACGGUUUUUCAGUUCCUUCUAGAAAAUUUGUCAUUUUCUUUUGAAGAAAUUGAAGUUUCCCUUCAAAAUGCAAUAAAUCUUCGAAAACAGAAUUUCAUCAACAUCAUUAUAAAUCACUUAGAAAGUAACAUCAAUUAUACGAAGAAAUCCCUUAAUCCAAACUUAAUAAAAUCUGUAAUUAAGACAAAUUCAAUAGAAAUCUUAAAAUCUUUAUUCAGACUUCCAAUUAAGCUGUUGUUUAAUUCAACUGAAGAAGCAAACAUAGUUCGUUUAGCAAUUCAAAAAAAUAAUAUUGAAAUGUUUAAUUUGCUCCUGAAACGUCGCUUUAUAGAUAUACCUUCACUCUCUGAAAAGAAUUCAUUACUCCAUUUAGCAGCAAAGACAGGAAAUCCAGAAAUGAUUCAAUUUAUUCUUGAAAAUAUCGAAAAAACAGAUGUAAAAGCAUUGGAUGCAUAUGGAAAUAAUGCUGCGUUUUAUGUAACUAAUCUAGAUGACAUUAAGUCAGUUGAAUGCUUUAAAUUAUUAAUUGAUGCAGGAAUUUCAAUAAAUUCAUGCUGUAAUUCAGUUCAUCUCUUCUCACAUGUUAUCUGUGAUAAUAGGACAAUACCAGAAGUUGUUUUAUUCUUCUUAAACAAUGGAGUUAACUUAGAUUUAGUUGGUCUUUCAGAUAAAACACUGUAUGAGAUAGGAUUGAUCACAGCAUCUCCACUUAAUAAGGAAAUACUUAUUUCAUGGAAGAAAAAUUCCGAAAAUUAA